AUGAGUCAAUCAGCAGCACUAAAGAAAAAGGGUUCGAAUCCGAACAAAGCUCAAAGUCCACUGAAGAAUCUGAACUUUGAUAUGCAAUACCGAUCAAGUACUGAAUUGGUUAACCAAUUCAAGAUUAAGAGAGAACAACUUGCUAACGAACGCAAUGAUAAAGCUAAGAAAGAGCAUGCACCAAUAGCACAUAAAAGAAAGAAUUCUGAGGAUUUCAUUCCACAACAAGGAAAGAGUAAAUUGCCUAAGUACAAAUCAGUAAUUCAUUCGUCUUCGAGGGAAGAGCUUGGUACCUCACAUAUGGUUGUUGGGAAAGGACAAACUAAAAAGAGCUUAUUUCAAUCCGGAGAGUCCAUUCAAGAGAAAGGAACUAAACUUCCUGUGCACAACUUUAGGUUGCAAACGUCUUCCAAGAAAGGUGUUACUACUUCAGUACAUGUGACUGGGGAAACACUUGGUAAUGCAGAGGAACAACAUGAUAUUCAAGAUCUACUAAACUUCAAACAGGUGAAGAGAAAGUCGGUCCUACCGGCCAGAAGUCUUGAUCAGUUUCUGGAAGAACAACAGCUACAAAAAGAACAUGAUAUUCAUGAUCUACCAAACUGCAAGCAGGUAAAGAGAAAGUCAGUCAUACCAGCUACUAGUCUUGAUCAGUUUAAAAAAAAACAAGCAAUACACAUAGAUGAUGAAACAAAAACUGAUAACCACAAAGUAGCUGAUGAUCUUGUGGAUCAAGAAGAAAUCGGAGGGGAUAAGUGUGCUAUAGACGAGGAAAUUGGCAUUGAUUGUGGUAUAGAAGGAAUAUUGGAGCUGAAAAAAGUUCGAGGAAAAACAACAUGUAAGGAUAUUCACGCAAGAAAUUUGGAAGAAAGAAAGAAGGUGACAUUUGAUAAAGGACAAGCAGUGGGACCAACUGUAGAAGGAAAGAAGUGGGUGAUGACUAGUCUUCGUGAUGCUUGGAGGCGAUACAAACAAAAAAUUAAAGAUAGAUAUUUUGAUAAAAAUAGUACCGUUGAGGAUAUGCUAGCAAAACGUCCUGAUGACAUGCCAGAAGAACAAUUCCGUCAAUUGAUCAAGUAUUGGAAACACCCAACUGUUCAAGUAAGGCUAAAAUAG